AUGGCCUACAACCAGUACCAGAACAACCCCCCUCCCCCUCAGUGGGCGAACUACGGGGGAUACCAGCAGGGCGGAUACCAGCAAGGUGGAUUCCAGCAGGGAGGCUACCAGCAGGGCGGGUACCAGCAGGCGCCCCCUCCUCAGAACUACCAGCAGCAGCACUACCCGCCUCCCACCGGCGCUCCCCCGCCUAGCCACUACCAGCCGACCGCCGCGGGCUACCAGCCCCCGUCCGGCCCGCCCCAGCAGCACUACCAGCCCCCCCAGGGCGCUCCUCCUCGUACUGGCAAGCGAAAGGCACUCCUGAUCGGCAUCAACUACCGCGGCCAGUCGGGCGAGCUGCGCGGGUGCAUCAACGACGUGCACAAUGUGCAAAAGUUCCUGAUCGAGCGCCACGGGUACAAGCCCGACGACAUGGUGGUGCUGACGGACGACUCGCGGAACCCGCGCCAGAUCCCGACGCGCGCCAACAUGAUUGCGGCGAUGCAGUGGCUCGUGCAGGGCGCGCGUGCCAACGACGCGCUCUUCUUCCACUACUCGGGCCACGGCGGCCAGACCAAGGACAAGGACGGAGACGAGGACGACGGGUACGACGAGGUCAUCUACCCUGUCGACUUUAAGCAGGCCGGCCACAUUGUCGACGACGAGUCCACCUGCCUCGACCUGCCGUACGUGUACUCGACCGAGGGCAAGAUCAAGGAACCCAACCUGCUCGCCGAGGCAGGGCAGGGCGUGCUCGGCGCAGGCAUGUCGUACCUCCGCGGCGACAUUGGCGGGGUCGUAUCCGGCCUCAUGAGCGUCGGCAAGAACCUGAUGGGAUCCAACUCCAAGGCUGGCGAGGUCACCAAGCAGACGCGCACGUCGCCCGCAGACGUCGUCAUGUGGUCUGGGUGCAAGGACUCGCAGACCUCCGCGGACACAACAGAGGCUGGUACGGGCGCCAUGUCGUACGCCUUCAUUGCGGCUUUAACGAAGAACCCGCGCCAGAGCUACGUGAUGCUGCUGAGGAGCAUCCGAGACGAGCUCGCAGGCCGCUACGAUCAGAAACCCCAGCUCUCGGCCUCGCACCCGAUCGACACGAACCUCAUGUUCAUCUGUUAA